UUUUCGUGUCAACAUGGCGGCAUCCAUGGCAUCUCAGGCUGCAGCAAAGGGGCUAAGGAUAGGUACCUCCAAGCACAUACUUCAUGAUAAACUCAAGUGCACCUGGUUGAAUCCCAGGAGAUGGCUGAAUCUGCAAGAGUACCAAAGCAAGAAGCUGAUGCAAGAGAGUGGCGUGGCUGUCCAGCGCUUUUAUGUGGCCGACACAGCCUCUGAGGCCCUGGAAGCUGCAAAGAGACUCAAUGCCAAGGAGAUCGUGCUGAAAGCUCAGAUUCUGGCCGGUGGUAGAGGCAAGGGUGUGUUUGACAGUGGCCUUAAAGGUGGAGUGCAUUUAACAAAAGACCCUGCAGUUGUUGGUGAACUGGCCAAUAAGAUGCUGGGUUUCAACCUGAUUACAAAGCAGACACCUAAAGAUGGAGUCAAAGUGAAAAUGGUGAUGGUUGCCGAGGCCCUGGACAUUACCAGGGAGACCUACUUUGCUAUCUUGAUGGACCGCGCCUUUAAUGGUCCCGUCAUGGUGGGAAGCCCCCAGGGAGGUAUGGAUAUUGAGGAGGUGGCUGCCAAAACCCCAGAACUCAUUUUUAAGGAAGCUAUAGAUAUAUUUGAAGGUGUGCAAGACGACCAGGCACUUCGCAUGGCAGCUAAUUUGGGUUUCAGAGGACCUCUGCAGAGACAGGCAGCGCAUCAGAUGAAGAGGCUCUAUGAUCUGUUCCUGAAAGUCGACGCCACUCAAGUCGAAGUCAAUCCUCUCGGAGAGACACCCGAAGGACAAGUGGUUUGCUUUGAUGCUAAGAUCAACUUUGACGACAACGCAGAGUUCCGUCAGAAGGCUGUGUUUGCCAUGAAUGACAUGACUGAAAGCGACCCCACAGAGUUGGAGGCAGCCAAGUGGGACCUCAAAUAUAUUGGAAUGGACGGAAACAUCGCCUGCUUUGUGAAUGGAGCCGGUUUGGCCAUGGCCACCUGUGACAUUAUUGAUCUGUAUGGUGGAAAGCCAGCUAACUUCCUGGACCUGGGUGGAGGAGUCAAAGAGCGACAAGUGUAUGAGGCUUUUAAGCUGCUCACUGCUGACCCUAAGGUUGAGGCCAUCCUGAUCAACAUUUUCGGUGGGAUUGUCAACUGUGCCAUCAUUGCUAACGGCAUCACUAAGGCCUGUCGAGAGCUGGAGCUAAAGGUGCCACUGGUAGUCAGGCUUGAAGGGACCAACGUCCAUGAGGCCAAGAGGAUUCUGACUGAGAGCGGCCUGCCCAUCACAGCAGCGGACGACCUGGAUGAUGCCGCCAAGAAAGCAGUGGCUGCCAUCAGGAAAUAGGACACUGUGUAACAUCACUACACUGUCUGUCCAUCACUAACGUUCACUGCAACCUCACAUCAUCAGAGUCAGCCUUUUCUUACACAUACAUGCCUCCAGGUGUCACAGGCCUUUACUUUUUUGUUGUUGUUUUAAUACUAGUUUCCAAAUCAUACUUUCAUAUCCAACUAAGCAUCUAUAACACAGGUGUUCAGAUGGUGUCUUCCCUUAGAGAAUUCAUCUUUUACACUAAUCUCCUCUGUGUAGUGCAAAUUACCUGCUUUUGAACUUUCAUAAUUAAUUUCUUCACUUAAAGCAGAUUUAUCGGGAUAAAUCACUUUAUAACUUUCAUAUAUUAUUUUUAUUUUUACAUGAUGAAAGUCCAUCUAAUCUUGUUACAGUACUUCAUAAAACCCACUGUGACCUCUUUCAGCGAUUAGAUGGAGAUGUAAA